AUGAACAAGACCUUUGCUUGUGCCAUUCUACGUUUGUUUAUACUCACUGCUCCAUUCGGUUCAAGAGCAGAUUGUGUCACGUUUAAAGACCUAAAUGCAAAAGAAUGUGCUGGUCAAGAUGCUUCUUGCUUCUCUGCAUGUGUCCCUGCUGUUCAAGGAGCUGUAUCUGGAAGAUGCAUUCUAAAUAGAGACACUGGUGGAGUGAUCUGUGAAUGUUCAAGAGCAGAUUGCGUUACGUUUAAAGACCUAAAUGCAAAAGAUUGUGCUGGGCAAGAUGCUUCUUGCUUCUCUGCAUGUGUCCCUGCUGUUCCAGGAGCUGUAUCUGGAAGGUGCAUUCUAAAUAUACACACUGGUGGAGUGAGUUGUGAAUGUAAUUUGCACGAUCCAGCUACAGCCCCAGCUACAGCUGGGACACAAGCGUUAAGGCACCUUGAAUUAUCGCAAUGUUCAUACGGUUCAACAGCAGAUUGUGUUACGUUUAUAGACCUAAAAGCAAAAAAUUCUGCUGGUCAAGAUGCUUCAUGCUUCUCUGCAUGUGUCCCUGCUGUUCCAGGAGCUGUAUCUGGAAGGUGCAUUCUAAAUAGAGACACUGGUGGAGUGAGUUGUGAAUGUGAGAUUCCUUGCUAA